AUGGAUUUGGUGAAUGAUUACUUCGUUGUUAAGUUUGAGCUUGAGGAAGAUCUGGAAAAUGGAGGCCUGAGUUUUGUCAUGCUGCUGCUCAUAUUACUUGAAUGGCUGCGUGGAUUCGAAUGGUAUAAUAUUGAGUAUGAAGGCCUACGUGAUAUUUGUUACUUGUGUGGGCGGUAUGGUCACAAGAAAAAGCAUUGUGAGAAGAGGAAUUCUGUUCCUGCUGCUGUGCUUGAGGAGGGACAAAGUUCAGUUGUUGAAGAUGUCCUAGGAGCAAGGAGAAGGUCUAAAGCAAUGCAUAAGGAUCAGGGAGGUAGAAAUAAUGGGGUUAGAACUAAGAGCUCAAGAUUUGAUGCUCUACAUGGUGUAAGUGAAAAUUUUGGCCAAGAUGAGUUGGUUGUUAAUGGUGUUGCUGGCAAAGUUUUUAUGGGAAAGGCUGUUAAGCCUGGUGUUCAAGCCGCUUUGAAUGAUAUUUCUAAUAUGCCUCAACAAGAUAAAAAGCAGUUGACGAAUACUAUCCCAAAGGAGGGAGCAUCUAAAAGCACGGGUUUUGGGGAUUUAAUUGCUAGAGGCAAGAUAGUAAUUGGUGGGAAAAGGGUAGAGAGUUCACAUUCUUUGCCGGAUAAAGUUGCUAAUUGGGUCAGUUCCAAGGAUGUGCGAAUUAAUAGUGAGAGUGUCCAGGAGGAUGGAGGUGGGAUUAUAAGUGAUGCAGAUUUUAUUGGUUCUUCUAAUCAUAAAAGUGUGCCAAAGGAGGAAGGUGUUCUUUUGCUUGCGGAAAUGGAUAUUUCUGAAGGACAAAGGUUCUUGACUAUGGAUCAAGCCAUUACAGCUUGUGUUUCAUGGCCUGGUCAAGUUCCUUGGAUGUUGAGUGUUGUUUAUGCUAAGCCUUGUAGUUGCAAGAGGGAGAAACUAUGGGAUUAUUUGAACUUUGUUGCUAGCUGCCACAAAAUGCUUUGGUUGAUUGCUAGGGAUUUCAAUGAGAUGUUGCAAGUUGAAGAUAAGCUUGGAGGUGGUUUGUCUUGGAGAUUUAAGUGA